UCGGUUUCCCUCCAUCGAAAACAAAAUCGACGAUGGAGAACGCGGACACGAACAGCGAAGGGGAAAAUGACGCAGAAAUGAAGCUCUUGAGAGACAAAUUCAGGCUCUCUGCAAUUGCCAUCACUGAAUCUCAAGCAAAACAAAACGGCAUGACAGUUUCAAAAGUCGUAGUCACUUGCAUCGCGGACUUAGCCUUCAAGUAUACAGAGCGUGUGGCUAAGGAUCUUCAUCUGUUUGCCCAGCAUGCGAAUCGUAAAUCUGUAAAUAUGGAAGACGUGAUACUCUGUGCACAUAGGAAUGAACAUCUAUCUGGCUUGUUGAGGACGUUCUCCAAUGAUUUAAAAGCCAAAGAUCCUCAAUCUGAAAGGAAGCGAAAGAAAGAGAUAAAAAAGAACGACAAAUGAACCGCUUAGCGCUAAUGCCUGAUGCACAUAUAUGGUCCGUCCUGUAAACAUAACUUGGUACGGUUGGAAAAAUUUAUGCAUGUUUUCUUUCCUAUCUAUGUUUCUGGACUUAGUUAACUAGAGCUGGAAACUGUUGGUCCACCUUUACCAUUUAUGCGUGCCCUGAAACUUAAUACCAGACACUAUGAAGUGUAUAAUUGAAUUAAUUAA